CUUGACCCUUUCCACAUCAACACACGCUCACACACACACAUACACACCUUUGCUGUUUCAGUCUGCUCGACCUACUACAGACAGGGAAGUCUCCACACACGCGAGCCUGUCUGCAGUGCACUUGUUAUCACAACAGAGUUGAUUGAAACUGGACCUGGAUCUCUGACUGAGUGAGGAAUAACCUUCCCUGCAGGAGGCUUCGGAUCCAGAGCUACCGGAUCCUUUCUGUGCCAACACAGAGUGGAGAUUUAGCCACACUGGGGGGAGUUCAACUCCUCGGAAGUAACAGCGGGAUACAAAAAGCAGCCUCUGUUUACACAGACUUAUCGCCCUCCCUCUUUGAUCCAUACUUCGGUCCCGACUUCUUUGCCCUUGUCCCUCCUGUCCUCAGGGGAACUCUCAUCCCUCUGACAGCAGACAACACCUCAUCUCGGCACCCAUUCAUUCAUCUCAUAAUGAACUCCUCUACCUCCAUUACAUCCCUCUUCUCCUUCACCAGCCCAGCAGUGAAGCGCCUGCUCGGCUGGAAACAAGGGGAUGAGGAGGAGAAGUGGGCGGAAAAGGCUGUGGAUUCUCUAGUGAAGAAACUGAAGAAGAAGAAGGGGGCCAUGGAGGAGCUGGAGAAAGCCCUCAGCUGCCCUGGGCAACCUAGCAAGUGCGUGACAAUUCCUCGCUCUCUGGACGGCAGGCUGCAGGUGUCCCACAGGAAGGGGCUGCCCCACGUCAUCUACUGCAGGGUGUGGCGCUGGCCCGACCUGCAGUCCCACCACGAGCUGAAAGCGCUGGAGUGCUGCGAGUUCGCUUUCGGCUCCAAGCAGAAAGACAUCUGCGUCAACCCGUACCACUACAGGCGCGUGGAGACCCCAGUGCUUCCACCUGUUCUGGUCCCGCGCCACAGCGAGUUCAACCCUCAACACAGUUUGCUGGCAAAGUUCAGGAACGCCUCCCUGCACACAGAGCCUCUCAUGCCCCAGAACGCCACCUACCCAGACUCCUUCCCUGUGCUGCCCUGUCCCUCUUUCUCCUCCUCCCCUUCUUCCUCCCACGUCCAGUCUCCCACUUCACAGAGCUACCCCGACUCCCCCAACAGCUCAGCAGAGCCUGGCAGUCCGUACCACAUCACAGCCGAGACUCCCCCACCUCCGUACAGCAUGAUGGAGACGAGUCCUCAAGACGAUGUGAAGCCCAAUAACUCCACAGAAACACUCAAACUCACAUUCUCUGCUCCACACACAGAUUUAAGGCCCGUAUGUUAUGAGGAGCCAGAGUACUGGUGCUCGGUUGCUUACUACGAGCUCAACAACCGGGUUGGGGAGACGUUCCACGCGUCGUCCCGCAGCGUCUUGGUGGACGGCUUCACAGACCCUUCCAACAACAAGAACCGCUUCUGCCUCGGCCUGCUAUCCAAUGUCAACCGCAACUCCACCAUCGAACACACACGCAGGCACAUAGGCAAAGGUUUACACCUGUACUAUGUGGGCGGCGAGGUGUACGCAGAGUGUCUGAGCGACAGCAGUAUCUUCGUCCAGAGCCGCAACUGUAAUUUCCAGCAUGGUUUCCACACCACCACUGUGUGUAAGAUCCCCAGCGGUUGCAGCCUCAAGAUCUUCAACAACCAGCUGUUUGCCCAGCUCCUUGCCCAGUCGGUCAACCAUGGCUUUGAGGUUGUCUAUGAGCUCACCAAGAUGUGCACCAUCCGCAUGAGCUUUGUUAAGGGCUGGGGUGCCGAAUACCACCGGCAAGAUGUCACCAGCACCCCCUGCUGGAUCGAGGUACAUCUGCAUGGGCCCCUGCAGUGGCUGGACAAGGUCCUCACACAGAUGGGCUCCCCGCACAACCCCAUCUCUUCAGUGUCAUAACAUACCGUCUCUCACACAGGUAGUCGUGUAUUCUGUAUGUUCUGCUUUGUCCGGGUUUUCUGUCCAAAGGCGCUUCUAUUGACAUCUAAAUGUCUAAAACAGGGGUGUCCAAACUACGGCCCGGGGGCCAAAUGCGGACCGUGGGCCAUUUUGAAUUGGCCCUCAACAAAUGCAAAAAGUAUAAUGGAGUAUGGCCCUCAAUUGAAACUUAUGCUUGUCUUGUACUUCUUACAUAUAGAUGAAAACAGAUGUGUUAAUAAGCACGCUUUUCAAAUAAAUUCAGUCAAUUAAAGUUGAAAACAUUUUCUAAAAAAUUUAAGUUGAUAAGAAAAAAGCCCAAUCACUUAUUUUCAUAACAAGCUUGAAAUAAACCCUUCCUAUUUCCUCUUAUGAUAAGCGAUCUCGGGCUCCUGUUUUAAGGAAUGAGCUGCCAACAAAAUAAUUGAAACCCUAUGGAGAGCUGGAAUGUAACUGGAUGGCCUACCUGCCUGUCAGUCUUCCAUCUGUGCACAAACUUAUCUCGUGCCCUCAUUGGUCAUGUGCACGUUCAUGUGUUGGAGGAGGGGCUCUGUAAGGAAGUGGCAGAUUUUUCCCGGCUGUGUAUUUUCAAAUUCUAGCGCACUCGAGCUGGUUUCUCCAAAGUUACCUACCCCACCUUUAACUUAUGAGGCAGUAUACCUCUCACCUCUAUUGAGUGGCCCAGCCCUUCGUAUAUUUGUCUGUAUGUGGCCCUCGGUGAAAAUGUGGACACCCCUGGUCUAAAAUAUCAGUUACCUCUGAAACCUACCAUGGAUUGGAUUUCAUGAACACAUUUUCAGCACAUGUACUUAAAUGAUCAAGUGUUACCUAAUUUCGGUAAGACAGAUAAAGCACUCUUUGUGUUCAUUGGAAUGUUAACUGCACUCCAUUACAAGUAAAAGUGGGAUAUAUUUGUAGGUACUCAAAGACUUGUUAUUACAUGUUGUAAAUGUUAUUACGAUUGUAUGUUAUGUAUUUCCAUGUGUUGCAUCAUGUGUGACUUCAUGUACUGUUUGCUCGUGUUCCAUUAAAGUUGAUUUUUUCUUUAAGAAUC